AUGUCGUCCUCCGUGGUAACUCCGGAAGAGUCGCCCCAGGAUAGCACCCCGCGCACCAAGAAGGCGUGUGACUUGUGCCGCAAUCGAAAAGUAAAGUGCCGGGUUUUGGAGUCUCAGGUGGACUGCGAGGGUUGCCGAGAACUCGGACUCAGCUGUACGCGGGACAAGCCCAGGAGGAGAAGAGGCCCGCUCAAUCGUCACGCUUUGGCUCAGUUGCAUGCUGCCUCGCCAAAUGACCAAGUAUGCACUCCAGCGCCGAGCCUAUCACCGCUUCCUACUCCUCAGACUCCGGUCACGGUAAGAGAGACUAGGAGCGACAAGACCAAAGCUCCCGCGCGGUCGGUCAACUCGAUAUUGGAAUUGCUUGGCCCACUCCCACUCAUACAGCGAGUCCUCAAUGAUUGGUUCAAGUUCGUUCAUCCUCUCGCCCCAGUCUUGCACCGACACCACCUCCUGCAUCGAAUGCAUACCCAUGGCGAAGAUGUGGACCCUGUUUUUGCGGCUCUGAUUCUGUCCGUAUGCUCGGUAACAGUCUCGACUUUGCGUCGUAAGAGUUUUGAACAGUACCCAGCUAUUACGGUGGAGAAAUGCAUCGGCAUUAUUGAGGACGAGAAUUUGUUACAGCCUCAGCCGUAUACCCUUGACUGGUGCAUCACUUGGUACAAUAUCGCCUCGGCGCUCCUCGUCGAUCAUGGGCCCGAGGAUUUUCGAGUCUACCGGGGGAUAAAGGAGGCCAUGACAAGUGUUACGUAUCUUCUCUGUUUCAAGGGAGGCGACGGCCAUUCAGAACAGGACAAGGAGAUGUUAAAGCGCUUAUACUGGUUCCUCUUCAUGUGGCAAGUAGGGGCUGAGCUCAGAGGACAGCCUCACCUCACAUUUCUUCCUUUCAAUCAAGAUCUGGAACAUUUGAGGCCAAAACCCAUACUUGAUCGUGAUCUGUACCCUUCCUCAACCCCCAAGGACUACGCGCCCAAUUGGCCCGAAGACGAAAUUCCCUUCAUCCCUGGACUCAAUAGUUUGAUUGACAUAUUCCUCAUAUGGGAAAAGGGCAAGGUGGACAUCGCGACCAAACCACCCGAAGAGGUACUUACGCGUGCAAUGGAGCGUAUCCAAACCGCUCUCGACGGUCUCCGCCCGGAAUUGCGGUGGCGAGGUGGGCUCACUCGGUUCCCACGGGGAGCUUGGGGUCACGAGGUCCAGAUGGUCAAUAUUCUGAUCACGGCACUCUCCAUCAAGUCCAAUUUCCUGCAGCACCUGGGCUCCCUGCUUCCCGGGAUCACGCAUCAAGAUAUUGUCAGUGACGUACUUGAAAUUCUCAAUCACCUCCCACAGCCAGUUUUUGAAACGAAUGGAUGCGCGGCAGUGCACAAGAUCCGAGAUAUUGGGUCAGCGUAUUUAGCUGAGCUUCGGAUCGGAUCAGGGGUAGUGGUUGGAGACAACCAGGCUCAGGAGAAGGUGUACCAGCUAUUGAACAAGCUUGAUAGUCUAGAUUUCCGGCCUUAUGCGGAGAGUGUGGAGGUAAUCAUGGCUGCCAACGAAUCUCAUUCUCAGGCAGGAGCUUUGGGCAGCCUCCGUGAUUUCGACGACACGGUAAACGCACUUGAAGGUCUUGUCCAUGCAGACUGCCCCCGCAGCCCUGAAUGGAUAACGUCGGCGGCGGCUCUUGUCGACCUAUAUCAUACCAAAUUCGAGCUCACUGGGGAAUUACAAUAUCUGAGUCUUGCAAUCAGUCUUGGUGAAGAAUGCGCUAUGACUAUGACAUCGCAUCAAGCAGGCCGCUUUUAUCAUCUGGCGAAUUGGCUGGUCGACAGAUACUAUCUCGAAAGCAAUUUUUUAGACCUCAACAGCGCCUCUAAUUAUAUCCAAAAAGCCAUCGAAGCCAUCACCCAAGACCAUCAAAUCUGGAGUCCGUGCCUUAUGACGAAUUCACGUGUUCUGAAGGCCGUUUAUGACCAUAAUAUGGAUGUGACUAAUCUGGAAGUGGCAGUCAAGGCUUCUAGAAAGGCGGCCAAUUCAACGAAAUCAGGGGACAUAAAUCGGCUUGCUGCUCUGACUAAUUUAGCUUCAUUGCUUCAGGACUGGUAUUUGGAAACUCGCUCAAUAUUAGAACUCGAUGAAUCGAUCAAAGUUGGCGAGGAAAUUCUUUCACUUAUGCCUGGUGACGAUCAACAAAGACUUUCAUAUGUCAACUAUUUGUCUCUGAGUAUCAGAAACAAAGCACUUACCGCGGGUCUAGCCCAAGAGCUUGAUAAGUCUAUAUCACUCUUGCGAGAAGCUUUGGCCAUAACCACAAGAAGCACCUUGACUAGAAGAACGUGUUUGCAAAACCUCGGACUGUUUCUCUACGACAGAUACACUAUGAAAAAAUCGACCAGUGACCUUGAUGAAUCUAUUCAGAUUUGCAAGGAUGAGGUGGACGCACUGCCGACCGACGACCCAAUGCUCGUUGCUUCUUUAAUGAAUUUCAGGCUUCGCCUAGGCAGGAAGUAUUUCGAAGACAGGAAUGUUGAAAAUGCAAGGAAUCUUGUCAUCGCAACUCGAAGAACAAUCAAAAUAAUACCAAAGGGGAGCCCGGACUACACAGACCUUCUAAUUGAUCUUGGCUCAGAGAUGUAUAGGCUACAAAUCCUUACGUGUCAGAGGUCAGACUUAGAGGAGGCAAUUAAUGCGCUUACAAAGACCCAAAAAUUAGAACAUCACCAUACGCCUAACAAGCCACUUCGCCUUCAGUUGCUUUGUGAUCUUUUCCGUGAGAGGUUUCUGCAGCGAGGACAAAUGUCUGAUAUUCUUGAAGCUGUACAGGCUGGACGAAGAUCUAUUGAUAACACAAGCAAAGAUGACCCUAGGCUACCGGAAAGGCUUUUUGCCUUGGGGGCUGUAUAUCAAGUCCUAUAUCAGCGGUAUAGGAACAACAAGCACUUUGAGACCUCAGUACAAUUGGCUCGUGAAGCUAUAGACGCAACUGCCAAGCACGACAGCCAAAGGUUUCGAUUUCAGAGCAGUCUUGCUCAAUGGCUGGGGCAGAAAUAUUCUGUCAGUGACUCGCUUCAUGCUAUUAACGAGGUGAUAGAGCUCGGUUCAGAAUCUGGAGGGUCUAUUUUCAUUGGGCAUUCAGACAGAACAUUUCGUACGGAAGCGCUAACAGAUCUUUUGUCUCAUCGAUCCCAGUUGGAAGGACAGGAUAAAGAUCUAGACCACGCUAUCAGUAUCGCCCAAGAGGAUGCUAGUUCCACAGAGGUGAGCCCUCCAGAUCGCUCAUCACGGCUACUUCGUGUGGGAUCGUUGCUGUAUCGGAGAUACCAACGAGCUGGCGACGAAGGCUCAUUAGAGUCUGCAAUUCAACUCUUGCGGGAGGCAAGAAAAGAAGCACCAGACCUUUCCGAUAUCCAAGCUGAAGCCUCCGCUCGACUCUCAUCUCUCCUUACCGCUCGGUAUGACAGGAUGGGAGAAUCAAGCGACUUGCGUGAAGCCUCGGGUCUGAUAUCAGAAAGUAUUAAUGAAACUCCUCAAGGGCACUCAUUGAUGCCUGAAAGGCUCAUGAUCAAAGCAAAUAUAGCUUUUCUUCAAUUUUCAAAUACCUGGAAACGGGAGGAUGUGGAAGAAGCGAUUCAUCUUGGACAACAAGCCGUCUCCGCCAAUUCACAGCAUGGGAGUAGUAGACGAUGGAUGAUGGCCACGCUCAGCAAUUUUUUCAUUAACAAAAGUUACAUCACACGGGACGUUUCUGAUGUCGAUAUCGCAAUCCGGCUUCAACGAGAUGCUCUCAAAGAACUUUCAGUUCAUGACAGAGAGUUCCCAAGUUUCGCCACAAACCUGGCAUCAUGUCUUUCGCGGCGAUCGGGCCAUAUAUCGAACGCCGAAGAUUUAAACGAGUCCAUCCAGCUCUCUCGGGACGCACUGAGUGGUAUAAACCCAAGUGAUCCUCAGAAAGGGGGCUAUCUUUUCAAUCUUGGCAAUCACCUUCAUUCUCGCUACCUUAAGCUGGGAGGAUUUGCGGACCUAGCAGAAGCGAUCAGUUUAGGACAGGCGGCUAUUAAAGAAGGCAAUUUCGACAUUCCUCAUCACGCUCAGUGUCUGGAUCAGCUUUCGGAGUGGGUCGGCCAUCGAUAUGAAAGGGCGAACGACAUCUCUGAUCUCAGAAAAGCGAUUGAUUUGGCCCAAAAAGCCGUCAAGAUGACUCGGAAAGGACAAUAUGUCAUGAGCUUUAGGUUAAAUAUACUCACAAAGAAUCUCUACGAAUUAUAUAGGAUCACCAAUUUGGAAUCUGAUCUCCAUGAAGUCGUGGUAAUGGCUCGAAAGGGAAUACAGCAGGCUGUGGAGAAUUCGCGGAUGACUGCUCUAAAUCUAAUGGGCGCCAUCAUGAUAUCGAAGUACGACAACAUGAAAAAUGUGAUUGAUCUUGACAGCGCUAUUAAUCACAUCCGCAAAGCUAUCGACGUAGCAUGGAAGGAGCAAAUCCCAGGUUACUUGAUAAAUCUGGCGGUGGCAUGCCGGAAGAAGUACAUGCAUGUUCACCAAAAGGAGGCUCUAGAUGAGUGUGUAAGGUGCCUCAAAGCUGCAAUUGGGCAUCCAGAUAUAUCACUGGUACUCAAAUUGUAUGCACAAAGAGAACUUUUAAAAGUAUUCGCCGACAAUCUACGGUGGGAAGAGGCCUUGGAGGUCGCAGAAUCUGCGAUCUAUUCUAUCCGACCAUUACUAUUCGGCUCAUUUGAGAGCUUUGAUAGGCAGCACUUGCUCCGUCAUGUUUCGGGUUUGGGCUGCGAAGCUGCAUCAGUGGCAUUAGGAUCUUGUAAGGGCGAGGUAACAGCCUUACAAUUCCUCGAACAAUGCCGUGGUGUACUCACAACAUCAGUUCAUGAUAUGCGGAAGAGGAUACCGGAGCUCGAGAGAGAACAUCCGGAACUGGCUCAAAGAUUGUUUGAGGUGAAGCGGCUAUUUAAAACAGUAGGCAUCGGAAAACAAGGAGGCCAACUUCGGCAUUUCUCUGAACCGAGCACGGACAAGAUUUUCGACGAAGUUCUCUCCGAUAUCAGAAAGCAUCCUACAUUCGACAAUUUUCUACUCCCGCCUACCGAAUCCAUGAUGAAAACUGCCGCCCGUCAUGGUCCCAUUGUUGUUGUGAAUGCCAGCCUAAUCCGAUGUGACGCAAUAAUCAUAGAGAGUUGCGAAGUACGAUCUAUUCCUUUAUCAGGACUCGAGUUAGAUGAAAUUACGAGCAAGGCACAAAUGGACCUAGGGAGCACGCCAGUUUUAGAAUGGCUAUGGGACACGAUUGCUCGCCCAGUCUUUGAUGCCAUUGGGGUGAAUGAGCGCUUGAAGGCCGACGGCAACUGGCCACAUAUUUGGUGGUUCAUCAGUCCGAAUGUUGAUCUCGGGAUCCGACUCUCCGCCAAUCGCCUCACCGGCUGUGAAGGCAGCUCUGCUCGUAUCUAUGGAGAAUACCCCUGGAUGCAGUAG